AAGCCGGCGUUUUGUCUCUGUUUCUGUCAAAGUCGACUCCUUUUUUUUUUUGAGAUUAGAGAGAGAAAAUGCAGAGGAUGAGAUCUUGUCGGUCACUGGUUAAGCCUCUCUUGGAGGAGAGCAGCAAGCUUCGAGGGUAUUAUUGCACGAGCUCCUCAGAAAAGAUCGUAGCUUCGGUGCUUUUCGAGAGAUUACGCGUUGUGAUUCCCAAACCAGAUCCUGCCGUCUACGCCUUUCAGGAGUUCAAAUUCAAUUGGCAACAGCAGUUUCGUCGUAGAUACCCUGAUGAGUUCUUGGACAUUGCUAAGAACAGAGCCAAGGGUGAAUAUCAAAUGGACUAUGUGCCUGCUCCCAGAAUCACAGAGGCUGACAAGAAUAACGAUAGGAAGUCAUUAUAUAGAGCUCUUGACAAGAAGUUGUAUCUACUCAUCUUCGGCAAGCCGUUUGGAGCUACUAGUGACAAACCUGUCUGGCAUUUCCCUGAAAAAGUCUACGAUUCUGAGCCUACUCUUCGCAAGUGCGCUGAAUCUGCUUUGAAGGGAGUCUUGGGAGACUUAACUCACACUUACUUUGUUGGGAAUGCUCCAAUGGCUCACAUGGCUAUUCAACCUUCUGAAGAAACACCUGAUUUGCCAUCUUACAAGAGGUUCUUCUUCAAAUGCAGUGUAGUAGCAGCAUCGAAGUACAACAUCAGUAACUGCGAGGAUUUUGUGUGGGUAACCAAAGAUGAGCUUUUGGAGUUCUUCCCUGAGCAAGCUGAUUUCUUCAACAAGAUGAUCAUUAGCUGAGAGACUAGUCUCACUCACCACAAAAUAAAACCCCUUUUUUACCUUUCUCUUUUCCUUGUGGUUCUGAUUAGGGAGGAACAUUGAAAAACUUUUGAAGACAUUACAUAUGGUGUGUGAAGGUCUUUGUAACUUUUACCAAACCAUGUCUCUUGUUUUGUAGUCACAUGUGUUAAGUGAGGUUUACGUGGAGCUUAUGCAAACCCUAAACACCAAA